AUGUCACCCCAAUACCUCGACGUACUGGCCAGCAGGUCUGCCAGCACACCCACCAACAAACCCACCAACACACCCACCAACAUCCCACGUCUAGACCACCUCACGCUCCCCACAAUCCAAAAUGGCUAUCAAACCCGCUUUUUCACAGCCGUCGACCUGACGUCAGCCUGUCUAGAUAGAAUUCGCGAAACAAACCCCACAUUCCAUGCCGUGGCAGAAAUAAACCCCGAUGCUACAUCCACCGCCCAACACCUCGAUGCCGAGCGACUCUCAAAAGGCCCUCGAGGACCCCUCCACGGCAUACCCAUCUUACUAAAAGACAACAUACCCACUUUGGACGCUACAUCCACGACAUGCGGUAGCAUGGCCUUAGUCGGAGCCAAACCGUCUCGCGAAGCCGACGUAGUAAGCGCCGUGCGAAAAGCAGGAAUGGUGAUAUUGGGCAAGGGAAACAUGGCCGAGUGGGCUGGUUUCCGCUCAACGAGCGGGUGCUCGGGCUGGAGUGGAAGAGGAGGUCAGACAACAGGUAUAUACUAUCCUGGUAUGAAAGCAAGUGGGAGUUCAGGCGGCUGUGCUGUAGCUGUUGCGCUGGGGAUGUGUUUCGCAGCUUUGGGAACAGAGACAUGCUAUUCGAUCGUCUCUCCGGCCGAGAAAUCCGGUAUCAUAGGCUUCAAGCCAACGCGUAAUCUUCUCUCCUCCGCAGACCUCAUUCACGCAUCGAAGAGGUUAGACACCGUUGGUAUCCUCACGCGAACAGUAUCGGAUGCGUCUCUCCUUCUCAUCGGUCUAGUCCAACAUAGCGACCAUCUUCCCUCUCCGACAAAACAGAAAAUAGUCCAAGACCUCAGCACCGCAAAUUCAAUUCCCCACCUCCACGGCAUCCGAACCGGCAUCCCCAGUUCCCUGUCCGACAUGCAAAACCUACCUGAGUGCAAGAAGACAGCAUUCGAAAGGACGCUCAAGUUGUUAGAAAGCGCCGGCGCAACCAUUAUCCGUAGCGUCCACGUCACCGGAGCUAAGAGCUGGGAAGCUCUCCCACAAGAAGCAAAAGACAUCAUUAUAAACACAGACAUGAGGAUUGCGAUAAACGAAUACCUUUCUUCUCUCGCUACAAACCCGCACAACGCACGUAACCUCGAAGACGUCAUUAAAUUCACAAAAGGACACCCAGAGGAGCAGUAUCCCCAGCGCAACGUCGAGGGUCUGGAGAGGGCGCUGGCUUCUGAUCCGAACAAUCUGCUUUACAAGACCAUGCUGGCGAGAGACGAGUACUACACAGAUGAAGGUGGUAUCGAAGCAGCGCUUUCUAGAAAAUGCUGUGAUGUUAUGCUUGUGCCAACAUUAAGUGUUACUAUGCAGAGCUUUGCUGCGAAAGCGGGGAGUCCGGUUAUGAGUGUGCCGAUAGGUGCCUUCCCACGGGAUACGCCCGUGGAGAAGGACGCGAGGAAUGAAUUGGUUAAUUUGGCGCCUGGGAUACCGUUCUCGGCGUAUAUUUUUGGGCGGGCGACGAAGGAUGAGGAUAUGGUUAGAGUCGGGCAUGUGUUAGAGCGGUUGACGAAUGUUAGAGAGACGCUGAUGUCGUAUGUAGAUGCGGAGGCUAGGGUUGGGGUUACCGCAGGGCCUUGAACUCUGGCUGUUAGGUAAAGAGCACGGGAACUGUAGAGGGUUGGCACGGUAGAUAUGGGAACAAAGAAUAACACCAAGGAGAAUACCAAUGGUGGUAGAUGUGAGAACCGAUUCAAG